AUGUCUGUUAUCACGACAGUCUCAUACAAAUUCCCAUCAUUCAGUGGCCUUGACUUUCGUUUCUUAGAGCUUGGAGACUAUCAGAAAGGCUUUACUCAUUUAUUAGCAGAGCUUACUUCAUGUCAAAUGACUGAAGACGAGUUCAAGACCUUUUUUGAAGAGAUGCGAGUUAUUAACCGCCAUCUUGUGGUAGUAGCGGAAGAUCCCAAGACCACCAAAAUAGUCGCUUGUGCCACUUUAUUAGUAGAACGCAAAUUCAUUCAUUGUGGUGGGUUAGUCGGUCAUAUAGAAGAUGUUGCUGUUUCUAUCAAUUAUCGAGGACGGGGAAUAGGUAAGUCCUUAAUAACAUGUCUCGAGGAUUUAGCGCGAGCGACCAAGUGUUACAAGAUUGUCUUAGAUUGUUCCAACACGGUGAAAGGGUUUUAUGAGAAGUGUGGUAUUCAGUUUAAAGACAAUUGUAUGGCUGUUUACCUUUAA